ACAUUCGUUACAAUCAAAACACUAAAUGAAUAAGCAAGAUGAUGAAGAAUUCAAUUCAUAUUUUGCAAUGGAUGCUCAUUAUAUGGGUCGAAUAUUUUUCACAAUGUCGACUUGUUUGACACUUGGAGGUUUAUACUUUGCAGCACAUCCACAUUACUUGGAAGAAAGCUGGAAUUCAAAUGGAACACAUUACGUGAUAGAAAAUUACAAGGUUUAUCCAAAUGGAACCAAAUACUAUGAACUAGAACGACCAGAUGGAACAAUAUUUGUGGGAGGACUUGGACCAUGGUUUGAUCGUCUUUUGAUGGGAGAAUGGAGAUAUUGGUAUGGAAAUACAUUUUACAAUUAUUGUAGACCUCGUGAUCCUCCAAGAACAGAAUGGAUGACAUCGAUUUUACGGUCAAUGAAUCACUUGGUUAUAGUACAGGUCUUCUUCCGAUCUGCCGUUCUUCUGUCGAUGACACACGCGCUGUUCCAAUGUAUGCUAAUUAAUUUUGUCUCAAUGGCAAACCAUUCUCCAACUCUUGAGAGAAUUAUUGGAUUUCCACUUGUCACAGUGGAGACCGUGCACAAUCUUUGCCUUUAUGUGAUCAGUGCUUUGCAAUACGAACAAGAUUCACAUUUAAUGCAGUAUACCCGAAUGGCCAUGAUUCUACUCACUAUUUCUACGGUUCUCAAAUUAAUAUUUGUUGCUAUAAUUCAAACAAAUCACCUAUUACAAGUUGCAUGUGUUAUUCUUGCGUCGGGAGUUAUAUUGUCUCAUAACACCGCACUGGAAGAUUUUGAUUCAUUUUUGGUAGACACACAUUGUGACUCAAUGGCUCUUCCAUCAGUUGCAUUCUCUCAAUUAAUAUAUUUUCUUGCGUUUUUCACAACUGGAUAUCUUCAAUAUCAAUGCUUAGCUGGUAUUCGAGUGGUAACGUGUUCAACUCCAGAAGAACUCGAGCAUCGGAAACGAUUUUGUGAAGGACCAAUUGAUCUCAUUUCUACAUGAUUUUUAAUAUUUAGAACUAUAUAUUCAUUCAUUCUCAAAUGCUUUAUCUCGACUGUAAUUUAUAAUAAUAAUGGAACCCAGAAUUUUGAUGUUUUUAUAUGAAUUAUACAUAGCAUUGAAAUCCAUUUAAAAAUGUUUAGAAAUUUUGUAAAUAAAUUCAGGAAACCAA